CUCUGGCCGUAGCGCUGAAAAACUUGUUGUUGUCUGGUGAAAAUGGCGUCAAACGUAGAGGCCCCGGAACGCUGGUAUCUCGCCCUCCUUGGCUUUGCGGAACACUUCAGAACCUCCAGUCCACCUAAAAUACGACUCUGCGUUCACUGUCUACAGGCUGUGUUUCAGUUCAAGCCUCCGCAAAGGAUUGAGGCCCGGACGCAUCUCCAGCUGGGCUCGGUUCUGUACCAUCACACCAAGAACAGCGAGCUGGCCCGCAGCCACCUAGAGAAAGCGUGGUUUAUAUCUCAACAACUUCCUCAAUUCGAAGAUGUCAAAUUUGAAGCUGCGAGUAUUUUAUCGGAGCUCUUUUGCCAACAGAAUCUGGUGGACUCUGCUAAGCCCCUGCUUCGUAAAGCUAUCCAGAUUUCCCAGCAGACUCCAUACUGGCACUGCAGGCUGCUGUUUCAGUUAGCGCAACUUCAUACCCUGGAGAAGGACUUGGUGUCAGCAUGUGACCUUUUGGGAGUUGGUGCCGAGUAUGCCAGAGUUGUGGGUUCAGAAUAUACCAGUCUCAUCUGUGACAAACUUCUCUCACUAAUUUUUAUUCUCCAGGUCACGGUAAUGCACUCCAUGCAGGCGGGCUACCUGGAGAAAGCCCAGAAGUACACUGACAAGGCUCUGAUGCAACUGGAGAAACUCAAAAUGUUGGACUGCAGUGCCAUCCUUUCUACCUUCCAAGUUAUUCUGCUGGAGCACAUCAUCAUGUGUCGACUGGUCACAGGCCACAAGGCCACGGCUUUACAGGAGAUUUCACAGGUGUGCCAGCUGUGCCAACAGUCCCCCAGAUUAUUCAACAACCACGCUGCUCAGCUACACACACUAUUAGGUUUGUACUGCAUCUCUGUGAACUGUAUGGACAACGCAGAAGCACAGUUUACCACGGCGUUGCGGCUCACCACGCACCAGGAGCUUUGGACUUACAUUGUAACCAACCUGGCCAGCGUUUACAUCAGGGAAGGAAAUCGACACCAGGAGCUAUACGGCUUAUUGGAAAGAAUAAACCCUGAUCAUAACUUUCCAGUCAGCUCUCACUGCCUCCGUGCUGCAGCUUUUUACAUAAGGGGACUCCUGUCCUUUUUUCAGGGACGCUACAAUGAGGCAAAACGUUUCCUUAGAGAAACCCUGAAAAUGUCGAACGCUGAGGAUCUGAACAGACUCACAGCCUGCUCUCUGGUUCUGCUGGGCCACAUUUUCUACGUACUGGGCAACCACAGAGAAAGUAACAACAUGGUUGUACCUGCCAUGCAGCUGGCCAGCAAAAUCCCUGACAUGUCUGUGCAGCUCUGGUCUUCAGCGCUGUUGAAAGACUUGAACAAGGCCCUUGGAAACAACAUUGAAGCCCAUGAGGCUGCACAGAUGCACCAGAAUUUCUCCCAGCAGCUGCUGCAGGACCACAUCGCCGCCUGCAGCCUCCCUGAACAUAACCUCAUCAGUUGGACAGAUGGCCCCCCUCCUGUCCAGAUCCAGGCCCAGAACGGUCCCACCACGAGCCUCGCAAGCCUGCUAUGAAGAACCCACAUGAUGCAUGCAAUUGUAGCUGGUAAAUUACCACAAGCAGCGAUUUGAUGCCUAAAAACCUGCUAUCCACAACACUGUAGCUUAAAAUAAAUCUUAACAAGCGACCGGUUGGACAUUCACUUUAUUUGCUUCAGAGGAUUACUUCCGAUUGCCUGCUUGUAUUUUUAUUUUUUUUUGUUCUAAAGUUAUCAACUCAUAACACUCUGAUGGCGUCGACUGUGGGGGGGCAGGAUCCCGGUGGGACUCCUGGUUUAGGAGGACGGACACAUAGCAAUGUAUAAAAGUUUCAUUGCCUCAGAUAUAGGGAUAUAAGUUUGUCAGGGUUAUUUUUUAUUUCCAUAUCUUGGAAAAGAUCCAGUUAGAUAAGGGGCAGUAAAAAUAUGUAGAAGAAAUUAAUUUAUUCAUGUUGCUAUUUUUGUAACUGUUGAUAAAUAUUUUACAUCUUGCCUUUUUUUUUUCUUUUUUUUUUUUGUAUGAAUGCUGUUUUUCUCUCCCAUGUUUGGAUGUUACUAAUGUGGACGCCCUGUGCUAUAGUCUCUCAGCUGGGUCGCCUAUCUUACAUUUUUGAUGAUUCUUUUGCACAAAAUCCACAGUAGGAAAUAUAGACCUGUAACUUAUCUUAUAUUCAUUUGAAAUGUUUCAUAGCAAAGACAAAAAAGCAGCAUAUGUUGUUUUGAUGCACAAUCCACUGUGUUUAGGAGAUGCUUUUAAAUACUAGUAGAAUUUAUCAUAUUAUCACUAAUACCCUUUAAAGAGUACACAUUUUCUCAUGUAUUUGUUUUAGGUUUAUUUCUUGCUAUAGUUUUUUUUUUUUUUUUGUGCAUCUGAUUUUUUUUUUCCCCCCCGAGAUUUUGAAAAAAUAUAUAUAUUUUAUUGUCCUAAUUUUUCUUGAUAGUCCUACUAAUUGAUCUUUUCAUGGUUUGUUUGUAUAAAUUUACCACUUGUUAAACCUUUUAUUGUACAGUGACAUUUUCUAAAUUCAAUUUAGUAAAGUGUGGUAUGUAUUAGUUUAGCUAACAUAUGUAGGUAUCCCAUGGCUUGGUAUUUAAAGCACUGUAAGAGAUGGACAUGCAGUUUAAGCUUCAGUACUAGCCAUAUUUUAUCCAAUGCCUCUGUUUUUAAUUCCUAACAUUGUUUUCAAUGAUUUUUCCAAUAAAAAACAUGAU